AUGAGCGCGACUAAGCCAACCAAGCCCAGUAACAAGGAGUCAGCAGGUUCUCAAGAGGCAAACGAAAAGAAACAUCAGGUUCCUACGCUGGGUGCUCUUGAUGAAGAUGACGAAUUUGAGGAGUUUGAGGCAGAUGACUGGCCAGACCAAGACACUAUUGUUGGAAAGGAUAACACUAGUGACCAACCUUCAGGUGCUGCCACAGUCUCUCUUGAUAUGAGUGGUUCCGCUCGUUCGGGUGGUGACCACCUUUGGGAAGACAAUUGGGAUGAUGAUGAUAUCGAGGAUGAAUUCAGUGUGGCUUUACGUGCCGAGCUAGCCAAGACGGAUACCGUCCAGCCUAUGUCUACAUAA